CUGAGCGCGGCCCGCCCGGGCCGGCCGCACCGCCAGUGACGCCGCCACAAAACAACACCGACCCGCCCGGGCCGGCGCCUGCGCGCGGCGGCGGCGCCCCGGGGCACGCCGGCGAGCGUAGUCCGCGCUCCGCCGAGGCCCGGCCGCCCGGCAGCCCCGCGAACUACGGCACCCGAAGUGCACCGCGGCCGGCCGCCGGCCCCGCCCCCAGCCGGCGCCCCCCGGGCUGCCGCUGCUAUGGCAACGCGGCGUCGCCGCCGAGGUCGGGGCCGAGGCCGCGGAGCCCCCGGCGGCCGGGAAAGAUGACAACGUCUGCUGAGAAGCUGCCCUCGAGUCCCAACACUGGGAAAAAGCAAUCUUCUCAUCUGCCUGUCUGCGCAAAUCCCGGCAAUCCUGUGUUUUCCUGUAUGCUGGACCCCAGAACGCUGAUGACCAGUAGUUCUUUGAGAAAGCCUCAGGUUUUACUGUUUAAAACAACUUCGAGUGAAUAUGGUGCUAUACCACCUACUUCACAGAUGUUACCCUGUACUUACCAUCCAGUAGAUCAAACGUUUACAAAACACUUACUCACUUGUGGGUCAUCUCAAGAUGGUUAUUUGAAUACUGACAUUGACAGAAGUAGGGUAUAUGACUACCCCAAUUUGCAGCAUACUCUGUAAAAAUGGCUCUUAAUUUUCUCAGACUUAGCCUAGACACUGAGCUUUAAGAAAAGAAAUCUGACUUUGUUAGUGACAGUUAUUCCCAGAAUGAUUGAAAUGUUUGAUUUAUCUUGGUUUUGCUGGGUUGAACAAGAUGCAUCAAAAAGGAUGUAGCACAUUUGAUGAUAUACUUCUCUGAAUCAGACCUAAACCUGUAAAAAUAAAGCUUUUGAAACAGGUAUCAUAAAUGUGUAACUCAAGCGUGUAGAAAGAGUUAAGUGCAAGAGUCAUUUCACCUGAAGGUUUAUGUUUUAAUUAAAGUAUUUUCUGCUUUUAAAAC